AAGACUCUGGGCGAAGGAAACACAUAAAAACUCGACUCCAAAGCAGCAGAGUAUCAAUUCCUAAUUCCCCAAAAAUGAUGCAAAUCCAUCAGGUUGCAUUUGGAGCCUUUGUGCUUGGCAUGCUAAUGGCUUUUGGCUGCACACUGCCGGUUUUGGAUGUUAGUUCCGGCAUUGAUAAUGCCACCAUUGAGGAGCUGCGGGCCAGUGUUAAUGAUACCCCAAAGAAUCUUUAUGUGGUCAAGGCUGUGGUAUACGAAAUCGGCAUCUUAACCGAGGUUGGCGACAAUGACACCAGUUUCGAGAGCCAGGAGCGUGUUGAUCUAACCUUCUAUGAUGCACACAGUAAUAAGAGUCACAUCGAUUUGGGCAACAUCCCAUUGCCGAUACAAACAAAUGUCACCGGCCAGGUGCUUACCGGCAUUGCUCCCGUCAAUAUUGGCGCAUUCAGUAGUCCACAGGAGUUGCUGGAGACGCUGCCUCUAACUGGCAGCAUAGUGAAUAUAACCCAUAGUGAUACAGCCUUCUAUCAACUAACCAAAUCGAAUACCACACAAGCUGAGAAGCCUCAGGUGCUGGACAAGGAUACACUGUCCCAGCUGACGCAUGCAUCCCAAUUGUUCCCACCCACUGGUCAUUUGGGACAAGGCGAGCCAGUCAAUCCCAUUUCGGCCAAUGAGGUCCUAGCGGAGUCCAAGGCCACAUCCGAAGAAGAGAAUUAAUUAGGUUAAACACAUCAACGAUGCAGUGCGUUGUGCUAUACCCCCUACCCUCUACCUACCCCUGCCCUCAUUAGUUAUUACACACCCCCCACCCUGUUAUUGUUAGCAAAGAGACUGGAGACGAGGAUAAAUCAUCCAUCCAUCCAUCGAUUGCCAUCGAUUUAGGCAUGGUCGUCACAUAUCACACGGUUGGAAUUUCACCUGCGUAUUUUUUUUUUUCGUUCGCUUUCGUAUUUGUAUUAAUAGAGUAAAAAUAAAUUUCGCAUUUAGUGCUAGGUAAA